AUGAUCGAAGAAGACUGUGCAACAAUCAAGACGACUAAGGGACACCAACGUGUAGUGGAGGCCUUUGGCCUCUCCCCUACUAGAUGGUGGAAUAAGAGGCAACUUAAUGCACGAAACACCUGGAGCACCCCAGAUCAUCUCUCGUGCUUGUGGGACGACCUUGAGCUAGUCACCGCUCAGGAGGGUAGUACACAUCCGCUGUUCCCAGUGAGAAUAGAGUCCCUUUUCCUCGAACUGCUCGCAGAUAAUAUCAAGAAAGAGUCACUUGAUCCCGAAUGGGCCCCAGGAAUUGCCCCACUGGAGCUUUCGGAAGCGGAUACUCACCUGGAAACGAAUAUGAUCGUUAUGAAGUCUGAGAGGCCCGUGCCUCGGAGCUGGGCUCUGCUUCAAAAUAUGUCAGAUAUUUACCAUGCUCGUAAGCUCGCAGAAAGGGACGCAGUUAUCUACGGUGUCAUAACUGACGGGUCGAAAUGGGUGUUCAUACAUCUGACCAAUCAAAGUCGGUACACGACUAAGGUAUUCGCCUGGGACAACGAGCGAGACCAGAUCAUUGGCCAGUUCCAGAAUAUAAUCGACCCGGCAGUUGCUCUUUACAGAAAGAUAAUGUCACGCUCGUCCCUGCCGACGCCUACUGUUCAUCAAAUUAGUCGCUGUCAGAUCAGAGAGCUGCCUGCUCCAUGCGCUGGCCAAGAUAAUGAGAGCGGCCGCGUAACUGAGCAGAACAACUGUCAUACGGCUACAAUUGAAGAGAAAGCCUAUAAUGGUGAUACGGAUAUUGGACCCCUUUGGUGGUAG